AUGUGCGAGUCUGCAGGCAUCCUCAACAGGAUGUUUCUGGGCAUCAACCUUUGGGCAGUGGGUGUGAAACCCCCAGCUAAUAACAGCCAGCAACUUCCGUGGCUGCCAAGUGAAGCCAACACAGAAUUACAUCAGGUCAUCGGCAAGAGCAGCGAGAAGUCAGAGGACAGCUCCAUCGAUGAGAAGUACCUCAUCGCCACCUCCGAGCAGCCCAUCGCGGCCUUCCUGCGGGACGAGUGGCUCAAACCCGAGGACCUGCCCGUCCGCUACGCCGGCUUCUCCACCUGCUUCAGACAGGAAGUGGGCUCCCAUGGCCGAGACACCCGCGGCAUCUUCAGGGUGCACCAGUUUGAGAAGAUUGAGCAGUUUGUCUAUGCCUCCCCACAUGACGGCAAAUCAUGGGAGAUGUUUGAUGAGAUGAUAGGGACGGCAGAAGAGUUUUACCAGUCGCUAGGAAUCCCUUACCGCAUCGUCAACAUUGUCUCCGGUAGGUCCCACACACGCACACACAUACGCACACACCCAUCUCAUCACACUCUCAUCAAUAGAGCAGGUCACAGUGAGGAGAUCAGAAAUGCACAUUAA